UCACCCUGCACCGUUUCUCCUCCUUCCUCCCACCUCACUGUAUUCUACUUUCCCUUUCUUUAGGACAGUGGUGGGUUAAUGGGACUUGUCCUCAGGAGGGACUGAUUGACAGUGCUUCUUAAAAGGCGCCACUUAUUCGGAAGUUAGUGUGAGCGUUUCCGGGUCACGCGACGCUGAUGCUUGGGAGUCAUGUGAUACCAAGAUGGUGGUGCCGCGGUAGCUUCCCUGGGACAGUGCAGUCCUAGGAGCCGCAACAGUUUCUGCUCUUAGGUUUUGGGGAGGCCCAUUUAACUGACUCUGCGGCCGUCCGUGACUAGGAUUAAGGACCUGAUCAGAGCUGGGGCUGUUGAUGUCACUGGAAAUAUGAUCAGCGCCCCUGAUGUGGUGGCCUUCACCAAGGAAGACGAGUACGAGGAAGAACCUUACAAUGAGCCCGCCUUGCCGGAGGAGUACUCAGUACCUCUCUUCCCCUAUGCCAGCCAGGGGGCUAACCCCUGGUCUAAACUGUCCGGGGCCAAGUUCUCCAGGGACUUCAUCCUUAUUUCCGAGUUCUCUGAACAGGUGGGACCUCAGCCCUUGCUGACCAUCCCCAAUGACGCCAAAGUUUUUGGCACUUUUGAUCUCAAUUACUUCUCCUUGCGGAUCAUGUCAGUGGAUUACCAGGCUUCAUUCGUUGGUCAUCCUCCUGGUUCUGCCUACCCCAAGUUGAACUUUGUGGAGGACUCCAAAGUGGUGCUGGGAGACUCUAAGGAAGGGGCCUUUGCAUAUGUGCACCACCUUACCUUGUAUGACCUGGAGGCCCGUGGCUUUGUGAGGCCCUUUUGUAUGGCUUAUAUCUCUGCGGACCAGCAUAAAAUCAUGCAGCAGUUCCAGGAGCUUUCGGCUGAAUUUUCCAAAGCAUCCGAGUGCUUGAAGAUGGGUAACAGGAAGGCAUUUGCUGGGGAACUUGAAAAAAAGCUGAAAGACUUGGAUUAUACGAGGACUGUGCUGCACACAGAAACCGAGAUCCAAAAGAAAGCCAAUGACAAAGGUUUUUAUACAUCUCAGGCAAUUGAGAAAGCCAAUGAACUGGCCAAUGUGGAGAAGUCCAUCAUUGAGCAUCAAGAUUUGCUGAGGCAGAUCCGCUCGUACCCUCGCCAGAAGAUGAAGAUACCUGCUUUGCAUCCUGGCGAUAUGGAGCACACCCAAGACCAGGCUGCCCAGGUCUCCACUACCUCUAACCCCGAGGAGUCAGCUAAUGCAGACCUUUAUACGUGCAGACCAGCUUACACCCCGAAACUAAUCAAAGCAAAAUCCACCAAGUGUUUUGACAAGAAGUUGAAGACCUUGGAGGAACUCUGUGACACUGAAUAUUUCACUCAGACCCUGGCCCAGCUUAGCCACAUUGAACACAUGUUCCGGGGAGACCUAUGCUACCUCCUGACCAGUCAGAUUGACAGAGCACUUCGAAAACAACAGCACAUAACCAAUUUCCUCUUUGAAGACUUUAUGGAGGUUGAUAACAGGAUGGAGAAACAAGAGAAUGUGCCCUCUCGGCCCAGUCAGGACAGGCUGCCUUCCAGGCCGGUGGAAGAAUGUCCCAUUCCUAAAGUGUUAAUUAGUGUUGGUUCGUACAAGUCCAGUGUGGAGUCUGUUUUGAUCAAGAUGGAGCAGGAACUUGGAGGUGAAGAAUACAAGGAAGUGGAAGCAGCAGAGUCAAGCAAUUUUGACCCCCAAGAAAACCUGGACUACCUGGAUAUGGAUAUGAAAGGGAGCAUCAGCAGUGGGGAAAGCAUCGAGGUUCUGGGCACCGAGAAGUCAUCCUCUGUGCUGUCUAAAUCUGACAGCCAGGCCAGCCUCACGGUGCCAUUGAGCCCCCAUGUAGUCCGUAGCAAGGCAGUCAGCCACAGGACAAUCAGUGAGGACAGUAUUGAAGUCUUAAGCACCUGCCCAUCUGAGGCCCUCAUUCCUGAUGACUUUAAGGCCAGCUACCCAAGUGCCAUUAAUGAGGAAGAAACCUAUGCAGAUAGUGAGGGGGCCAUCCAUUUCGAGGCAAGUGUCUGCCCACCAGAACUUGGUGAGACUCAGGAGGGCAGCUUGGAAAAUACCCCAUCCCAAAUAGACUCCGGCUGCUCUAUUGGAAAGGCGAGUGAAGGUCAGCUGGUUCCUCUUCCCACCCCGGCUUACACUCUUUCUGAGGAUGGUGUGGUGAGCAUCCCCCCACAGAGCUCCAGGCAGAAGGACCAGGGGUUCCAUGUGGACGUCGAGAUGGAAAACACUGACCCUUCUCCCCGAGACAACAGCUGUGAAAUGUUCCCAGCUUAUGAGCUGGAUCCAAGCUGCCUUCUGGCUAGCCGAGAUGUUAGUAAGACAAGCCUGGAUAACUACUCGGACACCGCAAGCUACAUGAGCAGUGUGGCCUCUACCAGCUCAGACAGAACCCUCUCUGCUCACUCUGCUGGCCUAUCCUCUGAGAGACACAAAAAGAGAGCUGGCCAGAAUGCCUUAAAAUUCAUCCGCCAGUACCCCUUCGCCCACCCAGCCAUCUACUCCCUGCUUAGUGGGAGGACGCUUGUGGUCCUGGGCGAAGACGAAACCAUAGUCAGGAAGCUUGUCACCGCACUAUCUAUCUUUGUUCCCAGCUAUGGCUACUAUGCCAAGCCAGUGAAGCACUGGAUUUCUUCCCCUUUGCAUAUUAUGGAUUUUCAGAAGUGGAAGCUUAUUGGCCUACAGAGAGUGGCCUCCCCUGCCAGUAUGGGUACCCUCCAUACCCUGAGCCGUUACAGCCGCUAUACAAGCAUCCUGGACCUGGACAGCAAGACCCUACGCUGCCCCCUGUACAGGGGAACACUUGUGCCCCGCCUGGCCGACCAUCGCACUCAGAUCAAGCGAGGCAGCACGUACUACCUGCACGUCCAGAGCAUGCUCACCCAGCUCUGCUCCAAGGCUUUCCUCUACACAUUCUGCCACCACCUGCAUCUGCCUGCCCACAGUGAGGAGACACAAGAAGCCGUGGCCAGCAGACAAGCCAGCUUCCUCAAGCUCAACCUGGGCCUCGUGAAUGAGGACAUCAGAGUGGUGCAGUACCUGGCUGAGCUGUUGAAACUGCACUACAUGCAGGAGUCACCUGAGACCACCCAACCCCUGCUCAGGUUUGACUAUGUCCCCAGCUUUUUGUACAAAAUCUAAGGGUUCCAGCCACCGUGACCAAGACCUGUGACUUGGUAUGGGAAGGGAAAAGGUCGGUGUGACUAAAUGGUUGCCUGAGCUGAAGUGUUGAGCUUUCUGGUGUCAGCAGGAAGAAAACAGGUGGUUCCCAUCUAGCCCUGGGCAGUGUGUGAAGUGGGCCAAGCAGAGGUGGAGCCUGGCUCUCCAGAGGUGGCUGCUUUUGGUUCCAUGGUUAAGUAGCUGUCAAAUAGGGGUUGUCCUUAAUUUUCCAAGGAUCAACAGUCUGGGCAGGAAGAAAGCUCCAGACCCUUUGGGGCUGGAAAAGAUGAGGCUAAGUAGCCAAAGCCCAGAUGACACCCGAGUGGCAGAAUCAGCCUGGGAACUGGUGUGUGUAGGAACAAGACAGCCAUCACCUCCGUCUACCUCUACCAAGGCCCUUUACUUGGCUUCCUGAAGCCCAGUAACUGAGGGGAGGCUCCUGAACAAGGACCAGGAGGAAAAGUGCUCUGGUCAGUUGGAGAAAGACACAUCUGGGCUCUGGGGGAUGCAGAAGUGGCCCCUUGUCCUAUCUUCCCCUCUGUCGAGGAACUGUGUAUUGAGUUCCUGGGGUCUUUCCUUACAGUGGUCCUGGAUGUGAAGCAGGUAUCAAAUGGCUAUAGCCCGUAUGAGAACCUUGGGAGCAGUAGAUAAAGCAGGCCCUAGCCCAUUCCCCACUCGUAUGGCAGGAGCUGCCCACUGGCUCUUCUCGGCCACAGCAUUAACUCAAACGCUCCUAGAAAGGGAUGCAGCACUCUGUUACCUCUCCUGGGGCCUAGGGGCUUGGUGACCACUGAAUUCUGACUGGAACUUAGGAGCAAGGCUAUCCCGUUUCAGCUCCUGGUGGCUAUUAUUAUAGACCCAUACCCGAGAGGCAGUGUGCACCUCCAUCCUCACAAUCAUCCCCAUGUGCGUCCCUUCCAGUCCCUACCUGACCCACUGGUGGCCAUAGUCAUGACCUCCCGGAGACUCCUGUUGCAGCUGCUUCUGCUGGGCCUCAUGUGCUACAUGGAGCACUCCUCAGUCUGGAAACCGUGAGACCUGUUUAACAGUGUUUUCUCCCUGAAUAGAAGCUCUUGUUGUUACUGCUUCUUUUUUAAUUUGCUCAAAAAACUGGACCUGGAUCAGCCCUGUGCAUGCAUCUAUUAGAUGCUGUGUCCCCUGCACUCAGGUCUCUCAGCUGGCCACACCACUGAGGUCUCUCACAAGGAACCCUGUAGAAGCCAAGUAACCAAAGAUGGCUUGGCAGCAUGUCGCUCCUGCCUUUGACAUGAAGUUGGUUCCACGGCUUCAGGUCAUGGUCCCCAUUUCACUUUAGACAGUAUGUGGCUUUCUGAGGCUUUGGCAGAGAUCCAGGAUUUUGUCACUGUAUUUCCAGACACCUUAGCAGCUGUGGUUUCUCCUCAUGGGCUCCCUCAUCUGCUACUGCUUCUCAGUGUUCUAGAUGCGACUCUGGCUGGUUGGCAAAGUGGCGUUUCCUCAGGCCUCCAAGGAUGAACAUGUUACGGAGCAAGAGCCAGGCUGGGAGGUGGUCAGUUUCUGGUACUACCUCAGCGUGGGGACUCAAAGGUGAACACUGCUCCCCACACCGAGAAAGGUGGAUGAGCUGCAGCCACACUUGGCCUUCUGGAUACUGAAAACACAAACUCCAGUGGUCUGAAGUGGAGCUCCUCGUGCAGGCAUCUCCUUGGCAUUCAGCCACACGGUGACUCAGAAGACAAAGCCAUGGCUGAUGUGGAGUGGGCACAACUGUCUUGGGUAGCAGCUGUGGAAAUGGCCUCUCUUGAAUGGCUCCUCACCAAGUACAGACUGACAAGGGGUCAAACUCUAGGAUUUACUUUUUUUGUUUUGUUUUUAAGAUAGGAUCUCAUGUUAACCCAGGCUGGGUUCAAAUUCAGUAUGUACCAAGGAUAACCCUGAAUUCUUAAUCCUUCUGCCUCCACAUCCCAAUUGCCGAGAUGAUAGGUGUGUGCCACCAGACCCAGCGACUGGAUUUAGGCUUGGUGAUUUGGAAGGAUUACUUAGUGCUGCAAGCAUGCCUCCUCUCAGGGUCUUAGUCACAGGGACUGAGUUUGGACCGAGGCAGUUAACACUUCUUUCCUCUGCUGUGGAGGACUGGAAUCCUCUAGAAGCAGUGUUUCUACACACCUUGAUGCUGUGGAGACCUAUGCAGCAGGACUCAACUCCUUGUCAUUGGGUGUGGUGACACACAUCUUUAAUCCCAGCAUUCAAGAGGUGGAUCUCCAUGAGCUAGAGGUUACCCUGACCUACAUAAUGAGUUCCAGGUCAGCCACGGCCACAUAAUGACAGCCUGUCUCAAAGAACAAAAGGUUUCCGUCUGAAGUGUUUCUCAGUUACUAGGCUGGUAAGGCUUUUGUUUGUUUUGUUCUUUUGAGACCUCAUAUGGCCAACGAUGACUUUGAACUUCUGAUCCUCCUGCCUCUGCAUACUUUGCAGAUCUGUCAUGCCUAGGUUAUACAGUUUUGGGGAAUGCGCCCAGGGCUUCAUACAUUCUAGGCAAGCACCCUACCAACUGAGCUGCAUCCCUAGCCUGGCUAAUUUCAACUAUCCUAUUAAAAACACCUCACAGAAGGAUAACAGAGCCACUUCUUUAUUCCUAUCAUUUUGAAUUCUGGCAGUAAAACUGGCAAGUCAGGUUUAUUUCAAUUUGACUGCCAAACAAUUAUUUGCCUUCCUAUUUUUAAAGCUGUCUAGUUUAAGAACCAUCCAAUUGAGCUGGUACAUUACUUUUAUCAUUGUACAAGUAAUGCCUGUAUGUUACUGGACAUUCCCAUGCUCCGUUGCUGAGGUCAGCCCACGGUCUUCCAUACAGUGUUGGGGACAUGGGGACACACUGGCUUGAGCUGCUCCAUUGUUGAGGUCAGCCCACGGUCUUCCAUGCAGUGUUGGGGACAUGGGGACACACUGGCUUGAGCUGCUCCAUUGCUGAGGUCAGCCCACGGUCUUCCACACAGUGUUGGGGACAUGGGGACACACUGGCUUGAGCUGCCAUCUCCUGCCUCACCAUUUCUCUUCAGUAGAACCUUGAAUUAAAAAUGUUUUAAUUCAGCCGGGCGGCGGCGGCGCACACCUUUAAUCCCAGCACUCGGGAGGCAGAGGCAGGCGGAUCUCUGUGAGUUUGAGACCAACCUGGUCUACAAGAGCUAG